CGGCUCUUGCUGCUUCCUGCAAAACUUAUGGACAUUGUUUAUGGCAAAGAAGAAAGGUUGAUUAAGGUUGUAUAAGUGCAUUUAUUGAACUUGUUAGGGAGUCAAGUAAUAUGUAACAAGUUGGAUAGAAACUCGAGAAAACGGAGCAGAAAAAUCCAAUCUGAUAAUGCUCUUUGACAAAUACAUCCCGAUUUGCCUGGAAAAUGUUAGAACGAGAUUUAAAAAAAUCACACCCAUAGCGGAAAUAUCUCAUAUAUCCAUGCUGUGCCAUUUGCUCGAGUGCAUUUUGACGUUACAGAAUACGCCUUUCGAUUGCCCCAAAGACUGGUAUGAAUUGUAUUUUGCUUUUUGUUGCGUUUGGGCUUUUGGAUCUGCUAUGUUCCAAGAACAGGCCACCGACUAUAGAGUUGAAUUUACGAAAUGGUGGGUCAACGAAUUCAAAACCGUAAAGUUUCCAUCUCAAGGCACUGUAUUUGAUUAUUAUAUUGAUGAUGAAACCAAACAAUUCGUUCCGUGGACUGAUAAACUUGGAAGAUUUGAAUUGGACCCUGAUGCCCCCUUACAGGCUGUUUUAGUUCAUACUGCCGAAUCAAUUCGCGUCAGAUACUUCAUAGAUAUCCUGAUGGAAAAACGACGUCCAGUUAUGUUAGUAGGCAACGCCGGUUGUGGAAAAACAGUUCUGGUAACGGAAAAAUUAACAGCUCUUUCCGAAAACUACGCAAUUACAAAUAUCCCAUUCAAUUUUUACACCACAUCCGAAAUGCUUCAGAAAAUUUUGGAGAAACCAUUGGAAAAGAAAGCCGGAAGAAAUUACGGUCCUCCGGGCAAUAAGACAUUGAUUUAUUUUAUUGACGAUAUGAAUAUGCCUGAAGUGGAUGCCUAUGGAACCGUUCAACCCCACACUCUCAUCAGGCAACAUUUAGACUAUCAUCAUUGGUAUGACCGUGGCAGAUUGUCUCUGAAAGAUAUCCAUAAUUGCCAAUAUGUUUCUUGUAUGAACCCAACCGCAGGGAGUUUUACGAUUAAUCCAAGACUACAAAGGCACUUUUACGUGUUUGCUAUAUGUUUUCCUGGAACUGACGCACUUACAACUAUUUACCACGCUAUUUUGAGUCAGCACUUGACAAAUUCCGAAUACAAAUUUCCCUCGAUUGUUUGCAAGCUUGCGGAAAACAUUGUAGCGGCAUCUGUGGUUUUACAUCAUAAAGUUGCUCAGAUAUUUUUACCGACAGCUAUCAAGUUCCAUUAUAUUUUCAAUCUCAGGGAUAUUUCUAACGUUUUUCAGGGGCUUUUAUUUAGCACCAACGAUUGUCUAAAUCAACCCUCAGACUUGGUGAGACUCUGGCUUCACGAAUGUCAACGAGUAUACGGUGACAAACUUACCGAAGAAAAAGACAUCGACGCCUUCUCCAAACUCCAAAUGGACGUUUUCAAAAAGAAUUUCGAAGAAAUCGACGAAUCUUUAGUUUUUGAAAAGCCCAACGUAUAUUGUCAUUUCGCAGGAGGUAUUGGAGAGCCAAAAUAUAUGCCAAUCAACAACUGGUCUACGUUAAAUAAACUUUUAAAUGAAGCCAUGUCCAGUUACAAUGAUUUAGUAUCCGCAAUGAAUUUGGUUCUUUUUGAAGACGCAAUGAUGCACGUUUGUAGAAUUAAUAGAAUUUUAGAAUCUCCUAGAGGCAGUUCCUUGCUGGUAGGAGUUGGAGGUAGUGGAAAACAAUCAUUAGCCCGAUUGGCGGCAUUUAUCUCAUCUUUAGAAGUAUCUCAAAUCCAACUGAAAAAAGGUUAUGGAGUUUCUGACUUGAAAAGUGAACUUUCUUCAUUAUAUUUGAAAUCAGGCUUGAAAAAUGUUGGAAUAAUGUUUCUAAUGACGGAUGCUCAAGUUCCAAAUGAACAAUUUUUGGUACUCAUCAAUGAUAUGUUAGCCUCAGGCGAAGUUCCAGACAUGUUCCCGGAUGAUGAAGUAGAAAAUAUUAUUGCCGGUGUCAGAAAUGAAGUUAAAGGAGCUGGAAUGCUCGAUACUCGUGAAAAUUGCUGGAAAUUCUUUAUAGAUAGAGUCAGAAAACAAUUAAAAUUAGUUUUAUGUUUUUCCCCAGUAGGUACUACAUUGAGAGUACGUUCAAGAAAAUUUCCAGCAAUAAUAAAUUGCACACAAAUCAAUUGGUUCCAUGAGUGGCCGCAAGAGGCCCUUGUUUCUGUGUCUUUAAGAUUUUUACAAGAAGUUGAAGUUCUCCCAGAUAACUUACGCGAAACUGCAGCCAGAUUCAUGGCUUACGCUCACAGUUCUGUUAAUACAACAUCAAAAAUUUAUCUCCAAAAUGAACGCAGAUACAAUUACACGACCCCUAAGUCUUAUUUGGAACAAAUCAAUCUAUAUUCGAAAUUACUCAGACUUCAAACCAAAGGGUUAUCAUUGAAAGUCGAAAGGUUGGAGAAUGGUUUGGAUAAAUUAAGGACUACGUCCAAGCAAGUGGAAGAGCUUAAAAAGAAACUUGCAGUCCAAGAAAUUGAGCUGAAGGAAAAAAAUGACGCUGCAGAUACUCUUAUUGAAAUCGUCGGGGUCGAAACUGAAAAGGUUUCAAUUGAAAAGAAACUAGCCGACGAAGAAGAAGAAAGAGUAGCAAUGAUAGCAGAAGAAGUCAGUAAAAAGCAAAAAGACUGCGAAGAAGAUCUAUUAAAAGCAGAACCAGCUUUAUUAGCCGCCCAAGAAGCUUUAAACACCUUAAACAAAGCUAACUUAACCGAACUAAAAUCAUUCGGUUCACCUCCUGGGGUUGUGACCAAUGUCACAGCAGCAGUGAUGGUAUUACUAGCUCCAGCAGGUAAAAUACCAAAAGACCGUAGCUGGAAAGCUGCCAAAAUUGUCAUGGCAAAAGUGGACGCAUUUCUCGACGCUUUAAUAAAUUACGACAAAGAAAACAUACAUCCUGAGAUUAUGAAAGCCAUAGAACCUUAUUUGAAAGAUGCUGAAUUUGAACCCGAGUUUGUACGAUCAAAAAGUGCAGCUGCAGCUGGCCUAUGUGCUUGGGUAAUCAAUAUAAUUAAAUUUUACGAAGUUUAUUGCGAUGUGGAACCCAAAAGGAAAGCUUUGGCAGCUGCUAACGCCGAAUUGGCGGCUGCCCAGGAGAAGCUUAAUGCUAUCAAGAGGAAAGUGGCGUCUUUGGAAUCUCAAUUAGCCAAACUAACGGCGGAUUUCGAAAAAGCUACUAGGGAAAAACUGCUUUGCCAACAAGAAGCUGAUGCGACCAACGCUACUAUAGCUUUAGCUAAUCGGCUUGUGGGCGGUUUGGCUAGCGAAAACGUCCGUUGGGCCGAAACAGUAAAUACCUUCAUGGAAAAUGGAAAAAUGAUGCCAGGGGACGUUUUAUUGACAACAGCUUUUAUAUCUUAUGUAGGAUGCUUCACUAAGCAAUACAGAUUAGAUUUGCUGCAUAAAUUAUGGUUUCCUUAUAUUAAAACAUUGGAGCCUAAAGUUCCUCUAACUGAAGAACUAGAUCCGCUAUCUCUCUUAACUGACGAUACAAUUGUGGCAAAAUGGAAUAACGAAGGACUACCGAGCGAUAGGAUGUCUACGGAAAACGCUACAAUUUUGAUUAACUCAGAUAGGUGGCCUCUCAUGAUUGAUCCACAACUGCAAGGUAUAAAAUGGAUUAAAGAAAAGUACGGCGAGGAUCUUAAAGUUAUAAGAUUAGGCCAGAAGGGAUAUUUAGAUGUAAUAGAAAAAUCCAUUAGCCAAGGUUCCACUGUACUCGUAGAAAAUAUCGAAGAAACCGUAGAUCCUGUUUUAGAUACACUUUUGGGAAGAAAUUUAAUUAAAAAGGGAAAAGCAAUCAAAAUCGGCGACAAAGAAAUCGAAUACAAUUCAAGCUUCAGAUUAAUCCUCCACACAAAACUAGCAAAUCCGCACUACAAGCCUGAAAUGCAAGCUCAAGCGACCCUAAUCAAUUUUACAGUGACAAGAGAUGGACUGGAAGAUCAGCUGUUAGCUGAAGUUGUAAAAGCUGAACGGCCCGACUUGGAGGAACUCAAAGCUGACCUUACGAAACAACAGAAUGACUUUAAAAUAAUGCUCAAAAGUCUUGAGGAUGAUUUGUUGUCCCGUUUGUCGUCUGCCGGGGGCAAUUUAUUAGGUGACACGACUUUGGUGGAAAACUUAGAGACAACUAAAAGAACGGCAGCCGAUAUUGAGCUGAAAGUAGCUGAAGCCAAGAUUACUUCUGUUGAAAUUGAUCAGGCUAGAGAGUAUUAUAGACCCGCAGCUGCUAGAGCUAGUUUACUAUAUUUUAUUUUAAACGAGCUUAACACUAUUAAUCCUAUCUAUCAAUUUUCAUUGAAGGCUUUCAACGUAGUCUUUCAGAAAGCUAUAGCAAAAGCUGAGCCUGCAGAAACUGUAGCUGCUAGAGUAAAUAAUCUGAUUGAAUGUAUAUCGUUUUCCGUAUUUCAAUAUACCACAAGAGGGCUUUUUGAAAGUGACAAGCUUAUUUUUGCUUCGCAAAUGACUUUUCAGAUUCUUCUCAUGAGUCAAGAAAUUUUCACAGCUGAUUUAGAUUUUCUAUUGCGAUUUCCUUUGAAACCGCACGUGACGAGCCCAGUAGAAUUCUUGUCAAACACCUGCUGGGGAGGAAUUUGCAGUUUGGCAACGCGAGACGAAUUCAGAAAUCUCGACAGGGAUAUUGAAAAUUCCCCGAAAAGAUGGAAAAAGUUGGUGGAAUGCGAAUGUCCGGAAAGAGAAAAGUUUCCGCAGGAAUGGAAAAGUAAAACGGCGUUGCAACGAUUGUGCAUGAUGCGAGCUUUAAGGCCCGACAGAAUGCUGUAUGCUAUGAUAGCCUUUAUAGAAGAAAAACUUGGCACCAAAUACGUAGGAAAUAAAACCGUAGAAUUUGCAAAGUCCUACGAAGAAACCAGCCCGACAACUCCGAUAUUCUUUAUUCUGUCGCCUGGUGUGAACCCGCUGAAAGAUGUGGAAGAACUAGGCGCAAAACUGGGUUUCACUUUGGAAAAACAAAAUUUCCACAACGUGUCUUUAGGGCAGGGCCAGGAAACAGUGGCGGAAAAAGCAAUGGAAAUAGCCGCGAAAAGUGGUCACUGGGUCGUUCUUCAAAAUAUCCAUUUGGUGAAAAAAUGGUUACCGGCUUUGGAAAAACAUUUGGAGAAACACGCUGAAGGCUCUCAUCCAGACUAUAGAGUAUUUAUGAGCGCCGAACCCGCUUCAACGCCUUCGGGACAUAUUAUACCACAGGGUAUUCUAGAAUCAUCUAUUAAAAUUACCAAUGAACCUCCGACUGGUAUGCAAGCCAAUCUCCACAAAGCCUUGUCAAAUUUUAAUCAGGAAACUUUGGAGCAAUGCGGAAAAGAAGCCGAAUUCAAAGUAAUACUGUUCUCGCUUUGUUAUUUUCACGCUGUCGUAGCGGAAAGAAGAAAAUUCGGACCUCAAGGCUGGAACAAAAUGUACCCGUUCAAUGUAGGCGAUCUAACAAUAAGCGUCUUUGUUCUGUUUAAUUAUUUAGAGGCUAACACUAAAGUUCCUUGGGAGGAUUUAAGAUAUCUUUUCGGAGAAAUCAUGUACGGAGGUCAUAUUACUGAUGAUUGGGAUCGAAGAUUAUGUAUCACUUAUUUAGAGGAAAUUUUACAACCCGAUUUAGUUGACGGUGAAUUGAUGUUAGCACCAGGAUUUGCAGCUCCACCGAACACCGACUAUCAGGGUUAUCAUAAUUAUAUCGAUGAAAUUUUGCCACAGGAAUCGCCUUAUUUGUACGGACUACACCCUAAUGCAGAAAUAGGUUUUUUAACCACAACUGCUGAUAAAUUGUUUAGGACUGUGUUUGAAAUGCAACCGAGGGAUGCUGGAACUUCGGGUGGGGCAACUGUUACACGCGAAGAAAAGGUGAAACAAAUGGUAGACGAAAUGCUCGAAAAACUCCCCGAAGAUUUCAAUAUGCUUGAAAUAAUGGGGAAAGUCGAAGAACGUACGCCCUACGUGAUAGUAGCCUUCCAAGAGUGUGAACGUAUGAAUCUUCUGACAGGAAAAAUGAAACAAACCCUUAAAGAAUUAGAAUUAGGCCUUAAAGGAGAACUCACUAUAACGUCGGACAUGGAAGACUUGGAAAAUGCGGUGUUUUUAGAUCAAGUCCCACCAAUAUGGGCUCAGAGAGCUUAUCCGUCACUUUUAGGGCUUACAUCUUGGUUUGUCGAUUUACUUUUAAGAAUCAGAGAGUUGGAAACUUGGUCUACGGAUUUUGUAUUGCCUGCAUCUGUAUGGUUAGGAGGUUUUUUUAAUCCUCAAUCACUACUUACGGCCAUUAUGCAAAGUACCGCUCGUCGUAAUGAACUACCACUAGACAAAAUGUGUUUGCAAUGCGACGUUACCAAGAAACAGAAAGAAGAAUUUACUAGUGCUCCCAGAGACGGAGCUUACGUUCACGGACUGCAUAUGGAAGGGGCCCGUUGGGACGUGCAAGCGGGCAUUAUAAUGGACUCGAAACUCAAGGAACUAUAUCCGCCGAUGCCGGUGAUUAACAUUAAGGCCAUCACACAGGACAAGCAAGAUUUGCGGAAUAUGUACGAGUGUCCGGUUUAUAAAACCAAAACUAGGGGGCCCACUUUUGUUUGGACGUUUAAUUUGAAAACGAAAGAUAAGCCGGCUAAAUGGACUUUGGCUGGCGUAGCUUUGCUUUUACAAACGUAAAUUUUUGAAACUUUAUGUAGGUUGUUAUAUUUAGUUUAGUAAAUUGAAUAAUUGAAUUGAAUUAGC